AUGUACAAGGUGGACAGAACAGUGAGGUAUUGUUCAAUGAUUUGUGGAUGGUAGAUAUCAUUCUUCCUGAAGUGAACUUCUCUCCUACUGUUGCUCCUAAACGAGACUAUGAUACAGCUUUACCAAUACCAGCUCCUAGAAAGAAAACUACCUCCUCCAACUCCUACAGAAAUAAAUGAGAGAAGCUUUGAAGAUCUUCACUCUCAAUAUCUUACACAAAUUAAUGAAAUGUUUGACACGCUAAGCGAGAAAUUUAGAGAACUUGAUGAAAUGUCAGCUAAGUUAGAUGCUGAAAGGAAGCAACUUGAUGAGGAAAGGGAAGAACUGCAUUCUACCUAUGACAGACAACAAGAGGAAUUGAAACAACUUCAUGAUCGUCAUCAACAAAGCAACGAAGAAUGGAUUCAAUCAUUGAAGCAGGAGAAUGAUGCAGAAAGAAAAGCAAUUGCUGAAGAGAAAGCUAGAUUAGAACAAGAGAAAAAGGAGCUUGAAAGUGAAAAGGAAAAUUUUAAUGAGAAGAGUAACAAAUUAGAUGCAAUUAUGAAACAAGUCCAGGGACUGAAGUGAACAGUACAUUUUUAUAGUAAUUAUAGUUUUUAUUUCCCAAGUGUGAAAAUUUUGCUCACGUUUUAUGUAGAGACAUCAU